AUGGAUUUAGGAAACCUGAAGGAGCUGUUGGAGUGUUUAAGCGUUGCAAACAGCACAUUUCUGAACGGUAGUUUGGACCUGAGCGACAGUAACAGCACCUGCGGAGAAGAGCACUUUAUUCCCCAAGAGCAACCUGCACGACAUAUAGAAAUGGAUUCAGUGCGGAUACUGCUCUACUCUCUGAUAUUCCUGCUCAGUGUCUUUGGGAACCUGCUCAUCAUUGUGGUUUUAGUGGCAAAUAAGCGAAUGCGGACAGUCACCAACUCCUUCCUACUCUCUCUGGCUGUCAGUGAUCUGAUGAUGGCUGUGUUUUGCAUGCCCUUUACCUUCAUCCCAAAUCUGCUGGAGGACUUCAUCUUUGGAGCUGCCAUGUGUAGGAUUGUGGCCUAUCUCAUGGGAACUUCUGUUAGUAUUUCCACCUUCAGUCUUGUGGCCAUAGCAAUCGAGAGAUACAGUGCUAUCUGUAAUCCUCUGAAGUCCCGGGCCUGGCAAACUCGUUCCCAUGCAUACAAGGUUAUCAGUAUGACUUGGGCUCUGUCUUUUCUCAUCAUGACCCCAUACCCGGUCUUCUCCUCACUUGUUAGCUACCCCAAACCCAACAACAUCACUGCACAUAUGUGCCGCCAUGAUUGGCCCAAGGACCAGGUGAAGCAGGCUUGGUGCAUCCUGUUGCUGUUGAUUCUUUUUGUCAUACCUGGAGUGGUGAUGAUCACUGCUUAUGGGCUCAUCUCCCGGGAGCUCUAUUGCGGAAUACAGUUUGAGCUGGAGCAGAAGAAAGGCCAUAGAACGAAGAAUGGUGCAGCUGCCACCAUCUCAUCUGGCAUUGAUCAUGGUGAUGGUUGCUACAUUCAGGUACUGAAGCGACCCAACUCCAUGGAGAUGUCCACUCUCACCCUAACCACCUCUGCCAAGGUGGACCGUCCUCGCAGCAACACCUCUGAGAGCAAACUCAUGGCCAAAAGGCGCGUGAUCCGCAUGCUGAUUGUCAUUGUGUCCAUGUUCUUCAUCUGCUGGAUGCCCUUGUAUUCUGUUAAUACCUGGAAGGCCUUCCAUCCACCUUCUGCCCACAGGGCUCUCUCUGGAGCCCCAAUCUCCUUCAUUCAUCUCCUGUCCUACACUUCAGCCUGCGUCAAUCCCAUCAUCUACUGCUUCAUGAAUAAGCGCUUCCGCAAGGCUCUGCUAACCACUUUCUCCUGCUGCUGCCAAUCAUGCUGCCCACGGAGCUUCAAUGAGGGAGAUGAAGAUGUCACUGCCACUGGGGCAUCUGUGUCUAAGUUUAACUACACCACCAUCAGUACCAUGGGACCAUGCUGAUUUCCAACAAAAGAGAGAGGUGGCUUGAUCUUAUGAUGCUACCCAAGAUGAAUGGAGACAGGGAUGGAGAAGGUUCAGUGGAUGAUCGUUGGGUUGGACUGAUGGAUGACUCGGAUUAUUGGGAAAUGCCUUGCCUCAUGAGGAAUGGACCUAGGUUUGACUUUGCAGUGAUUGAGAAUGUGCUGCUAUGUGAAGUUAAUUCUGUUGUGUUAACAAUAAUAUCAGCAUGCUAAUUUAUCACUUAUUGUUGUUUUGUAAUUUGUGAUUGCCUAUACUAUUAUACAUGUAUAGUAUUAUUAUUAUUAUUAUUGUUGUUACAUGUAUUUUAAUAUAUCUACAGUAACUUUGUGCUGAUUUUAAUGGCCUGCUUACAAGUGUGUUGCUGAAAUGCUGAGUUUUUUAACAGUCAGUGGGAUAAAUAAUUAAUUUUUAAUUAAAACAAAUUUACAGACGGGUAACAAAUUUAAGGAAAAACCUGAAUAACUGAGCAAUAUGAAGAGUGCAGAUGCUUCUAGACAGGAAUACUAUGUGGAAGAAUUAAGCAAUUACCAACCUGCCAUGCUCUUUGGCAAAUAUAAAAAUGCUUUUGCAUCAAGAUGGCAAGAGGAAAAGAUCUAAGUGACUUCAUUAUUCAUUAUUGGGUCUCAGAAGGCUGGAGUUUCAGUAACAAAGAUUGGUCAAUUGGCUUAAUAGCAACAGUGACUAAAGUGACAUCUGCAUUUAGAUCAAUGGAAAAGACAUCAAUGUAUAGGGAUGGAAAUAAAUAUAAUCAAAUAUUACAGAUACAUUCUUGAUAAAUAUGUGACUUAUUGUUAAUAUCAGUUGUGCAAUAAAAUAAAAGUAAAUAAAAAAAUCACAGGACAACUUUAAUUGCACAUGGCCCUUUCAUCUGUGUGACAUUUUAGCUAGGAUAAUAUGUACAGUUGUGCUUUUUUUUCUUUUUGUUUCUCUUUUUUUCUUCAUCUUUUCUUUGCUUAAAUUGCUCAAGUUUUUCUUCAUACACUCACUCAUUUUGGUUUUCCUUCAUGCACUCACUGGUUGUGUUUCAUCCAUGCCCAUGGUUCUAAUUGCCAGUGACCUUGUGCUGUGGAUUUCUGGGUCAGGCUGACUUUAUGAUGCUUGAAAGCCCACAGGAUGAUUUAUGGCUGCUUUUGUGUAUUUGUUAAUUCUGAUGUUGCAUAUCUGUGCAUUCCAUUUACUAUUGCAAGACCUUCACUACAGCACAUCUAGCAAAGUGCACACAAAACCAGAAAAAAGCCCAACAACCCAGAUUCCUUGUGUUUCAGCUCUCCUCAUAUCCUUUCUCAUAACAGGGAGCUUUACGAAAAAGAAGAGGCACUCUGUUUAAAGCAUGCCGGAAUGAGAUUGAUUAAAUGUCAUUGAUUCUAGUUGCUGAGAUGUUGACCAUGGAUCAAUAUAGCACGUCUACAAUAUGUAAAGGUUCCUUUAAUCAAUUUAUUUCACACUCAUUUACAUAUAUAACGCUCCAUUUACUUAUAAAAGGUCUGUCCAAGAACUACAUCUGACACUGUACUGAUGAAUGAACUGACUAUAUUUUAUACCGCGGUGUCUGACAGAUAGAAGUAGAAAAGGAAGUGCACAGUGUACUACAUGCUGUUGGGUCAAAUGGAUCAGAGUCUUCCAGAGGAGUGCUGCUUAUGUUUGCCCCUCUCACUAUCCCACCC